AUGAUCCACCUGGGAAAGAAAGUACCAAUAUUUAAAUAUGGUGCACAAACAAAUUUAACAAUGGGUUAUAUUAAAACAAUUGAUAUGAAAGUAAAAUUAGAUAAUACUUCUUAUUCUAAUACAAUUGAAGUUGAAUGGAUUGAUAAUAUUGAAUUUGCACAAAGUGGUGAUUCUGGUUCUUUAUAUUUUCUUUAUGAUUCGACAACAAAUACAUUUGUUCCUGUAGCAAUGCACGUUGGAUCAAAAGAAAACCACUCGUAUGGCAUUUUUUUAUAUUACAUAUUUCAUGAAUUAAAUACAGGGCAGUAUGAAUUUUUAAUAUGUAAUUCAACUUAUUGCCAAGAAGAUUAA